UCUGAAAUAGCUCUGCCAGGUAACUGGAGUUGACUCCAAACGGGAUUCCUGGGGGUUGACUGCUCUGAGCCCUAUUCACGCAAGGGAAGACUCUGGAAGGAAUAUGGAAUUAAGACACGUUCCCAGUGGAUACGCAGUAAGAAAGGCACUGCAAAACAGUUGUUUGAAGUGUUUCAGCAUCACUGCUAGACAAAUGCCUUCAUAUUAAGGUCAGUGAAGAAUUUGCCUCUCCGAUAGUCCUGGCCACAGCCUCUCAAGGAGCUGUUGAAUUAUGAGAGCUGGUAAUUAUCUGCCUACAUCUGUGGCCUGGGACUCGUUGACACUGAGCACAAAGAAGAGAAGAAAAUGACAAAUACUCGUCCAGAAGCACGUCCUCUCCGUGACGUUUGCUUUCCCCUCGGUUUCUUAGGUAGCUGCAAAAUUUGGGUAUAUGGGAGGGAGGAAAAGGGAGUCGAGCGAAGCCAAGCGAGGAGCUGUGGUGUGAGUCAGUUUAUUUCCUGCAAAACCCUUCCCUACGCGCUGCCUCCGACGUACCGAGUCCUGUCGCCGCUGCACAGUUUAUCUUGCCUCGGGCUGGUUCAGUGGUGGAGAUGGAUGGAGCCACGUGAACUUGCCAACUUCUGGAGCUGCCUUUUUGGCAAGGGGCUGACUUUUUUUUUUUUUUUCAACCAAAUUGUGUCACCUGUCAAGAAUUUUCAUGUGACUCUCGGAAACCUGCUGCGGAGUCUUCCCUAUUUGCUAUUCAGUCCUGUUUUCUUCUCCCUGGAGCAGUUUCUUUUUUGAACAGCAAACGGAGGGAACUGCUCGCACUGCUGCCGCUGCUGCUGCCGCUGCUGCUGCUCCAGCUGCGUGUGUGUGUGUGUAAACAGGAUGGUGUAUCUGUAGCCGCCACGCGCAAACACACAUUUGACCAUGAGGACUCUUCGCAGGUUGAAGUUCAUGAGUUCGCCCAGCCUCAGUGAUCUGGGCAAGAGAGAGCAGGCAGCCUUGGAUGAGCGGGGGACCCAGCAGCGACGGGCCUGCUCCAACGCUACCUGGAACAGCAUCCACAAUGGAGUAAUCGCGGUGUUCCAGCGCAAGGGUCUCCCAGACCAUGAACUUUACAACCUCAAUGAAGGAGUCAGGCAAUUAUUGAAAACAGAACUGGGAUCCUUUUUCACCGAAUAUCUACAGAAUCAGCUGCUCACAAAAGGCAUGGUGAUCCUAAGGGACAAGAUCCGGUUUUACGAAGGGCAGAAACUACUGGAUACCUUAGCUGAAACCUGGGAUUUUUUCUUCAGUGAUGUCCUGCCCAUGCUUCAGGCUAUUUUCUAUCCUGUGCAGGGGAAGGAGCCCUCGGUUCGGCAGCUGGCUCUUCUGCAUUUUAGGAAUAUAAUUACCCUCAACAUUAAAUUGGAAGAUGCAUUAUCACGUUCCAGAGCCAGAGUUCCACCUUCCAUUAUUCAGAUGCUGUUAAUACUCCAGGGGGUUCACGAGUCGAAAGGUGUGACUGAAGAUUAUUUGAAACUGGAAUCCCUGAUCCAGAAAGUGGUUUCUCCUUACUUGGGCACUUACGGUCUGUACUCCAGUGACGGGCCCUUCACGCACUCUUCCUGCAUCUUGGAGAAGCGGUUCUUCAGGCGUUCGAAAUCGGGUGACGUCCUGGCCAAGAACCCCGUGGUGCGAUCGAAAAGUUACAACAACCCGCUGCUGACGCCAGUGGCCGAGUAUGAAACCGAGGGCAUGGCUGCCAACGGAACGGGCAUCCGAAGGCACUCCGUCUCGGAGAUGACCUCCUGCCUGGAGCUCCAGGGCUACUCCAACCUCACCACUAUCAUGGACAACGGCUCCAAGAGCUCCAUGACAGCCACGAAGAGCUCGCUGCCGGGAGAGCAGGAGAGGCCCGGCGCCGUGCAGUGCUCCAGCAAACUUGGCACCGUGGAGCCGCAGAAAGGACUCUUCCACUCCAUGGACGACCCACACAGGUCCUUUGAGCUGGACAGGGACCCUUCCUUGAUACCAGUUCCCUCUUCCAGCCCUGAGAACAUAGUAGAUCAGAUUUUGGAGUCGAUUGACUCUGAUUCUGAAGGCAUUUUUAUUGAUUUUGGCCGAGGCUGUUCCAAUUCAUCCGCAUACAAUGUGGACGUCAACAGACAGAGCAUCAUGUGAAGGACACCGGGAGACAAACCUUGGGUUUUAAUAUUCCAUAUGAAAGCUACUAAGGCGUUGAGUCGGACUGUGGGCGAGCUCUCUGUCUGGUCAGAACCUCUGCUGUAAGUCAUCCCGGCUGUACUGAAGUGCACAAACACGAGUUUACAGCAGGCGGGAAUCUGCUGCGAGGGGGAAGGAACUCCAGCCACUUCUCCCUGUCCCCGUCACUCUGCAGUCAGAUUUCCUCUUGUCUUUAUAAACUUAGGGAUUACACAAGCUGACAAGUGUCUGGUAAAAUGCUACUAGUGCAGCUGGCAGUGUUUGUUCGGUAAAACAGCCUAGCAAAUAGCUGUGUUCACUUUUAAUUUUCUCAAGAGAUUUCCUGUAGACAGCAGGUUGUUCUUGAACUGUAACACCUCAGCCAGAGCAAAACCAUACCCUUUUAAAAAAAAAACAAACAACCUAGAGGCUGUGGGCCUUCGUGCCCCAGAAUACAGUGAUAAAGAAGUCUCUUUUAAUCUUUUUCUUGUACAUCUUGUAUGCACUCCUUUGCCUAAUAGUGAGUUCUUGAAGGAAGGCAAAUAAACAGCAGUGUGCUGCCUGAUGUCA